CGGAGAAAUUGCCUCAUUUCCUCCGGUAGACGCCGAAUCGUUCAGUCUGCGUGUGUGUAUGUACGGCGAUUGGACUCGUUUGCGAUGCUGUCGAACACGCUGAGUAUGGCAGUGGACGAGGAGCUAUUCGACAUGAUGCAGUCAACAAUUGCCGACGGAAACAGCUCGAGCGGUGCCCCUUUGUUUAGUCAGGCUCGCGACAGGUCAUUCUCUUUAAAGGAUAUCGAAAUGCUGAAGCACAGUUCUACUGUGUCUCACAUCACGCCGGUGCAAUUGACGACUGUGAGACGAGAGCAGAACAGGCCGAACACAGCGAUCAUGAGUCGCACACAGCUGAAACAGAGACUUCAGAAAGAGAUCACAGAACUGGAAGAGAGGCGAGAACAGUCUCCAGCGGCGGACCUAGAAGGGGGCGUAGGCUCGAGACUAGGGACUCGACCUGUUGUGUUGGGACGAGGCACUACAGUUGUAGGCGUACCAGUUUCUGUAUUCCAGGUGCAAACUCGACUGCAGAAUCCAACUCCAUAUUACGUCAAACAGCAACAGCAGCGACAAAUUAAGAGUUAUUUGAACGAGUCUGGUGGAGUACAAUUGCCUGAAGGUCCUGGGAAGUUGCCUGACAUGAGUGGUCAGUCAUCCCCUCAAAGAUCACCGAGAGAUUUUGAUGAGCAGAGCUCCGAAGCAAGUAAAUCAGAAGUCGAAAAUUUACUAGAUGGAAUCAUUAGCAUGGAGGAUGACAUUGGUAGUCAACACUCGAGCAGAAUAAAUUCAACUGCCACAACACCAGCAUCGGCGACACUGCCAGCUGAAAGUGUUUUUCAAGUUUUUACUCAAGAAAUGACAAGACAUGGAGACUCGAUGUUGUACUCACCAGACACAGCAAUUAAGCAAGAACCAACGGACAGCUUAGAUGAUAGUGAAGUUGUCAAAAUAAUCAAAGAUCGGCAAAAGAAGGACAAUCACAAUAUGAUUGAACGACGGAGGCGGUUUAAUAUUAAUGACAGAAUAAAAGAGCUGGGACAAAUGCUGCCAAAAUCAGAAAUUGAUGUGAAACAAAACAAGGGAAACAUUUUGCGGGCAACCGUUUCGUAUGUCCGGAAGUUACAGAGGAAUCAGAGAGACUCGAGAGAGAUUGAAAUGAGACAGAAGCAGUUGGAGGAAACAAAUCGGAGACUUCAAAUUCGAAUACAGGAGCUGGAGAUGCAAGCAGAAGUUCAUGGUUUUCCUACACGGUCCUUGAACCGUGCCACUAAACAACUUGCCGAACUUGGAAUAGAAGGCAUCGCCUCUCGUCUUGGCACGUCGGUUGGAUCGGUACCAAUUAUACAGACGGAUCCCUUAGUGACAAUGAGUAACUCGUCAACCGAUGCGAGAGCGGCAGCAAUGCUGACUGAUCUAGUGUUGUCUGAUCCACCAGCUGGAAUUCCUAUUCCUCAUCAAUUGAAGAUGGAGGGUGCAGAUGACUUAUCGGAUCAUACUCCUCUUGUUGGUGAUCCAACAUUGGGUCAGCUUGAUUCGACCGACAUGCUGACAGAGGACAUUCUAGUUCAGUCUCAACAUCAACAUUUUCAGCAAAAUGUGUCUUCAGCACAACAUAGUGAAGUGAGCUCGUUGGCAAGCCUUGAUGAUUUGGGAGUUGUCGUCCACUCUUCUGGACCUUUUUUAUGCACAGCACAGUCGUCAGAAUUUGACAAUGACCCAAUUAUUUCUUCAUUGCUUGGAGGCCAACAGUGAAUUUCGUUUUCGCGCGUAUGUUUAUUAGUGUUGUUUCAAAGUCGCUGUGCUGUAUGUUUUUACAGCUGGAUUAUGUAGGUAGAGCUUAAGGGUGUGUAAGUAGCAAUAGUAUUGAUUACAAUAGUCAGUUGUGUGUGUA